UUCGAUUCCUUGUAUUUUAUUUCUGCAUAACAAAUUCAAAAAAUAUUUUGGUUCUUAUACCGUUAGGUCCAAGUCACUGGGGACAGACAGCUUUUAUGGCUAUUGCCAAUGAUGUUUGGCCAGCUUGUUAUCAGGGAAAAAUGCAGUCCCCAAUCAGCAUCUCUACGAAACAUUUACUAUAUGACCCUAAUUUGGUGCCAUUGAAAAUUUCUGGUUCAGAUAAUCAAAUUGACGUAGAGAUAGUGAAUACAGGACAAGAUUUACAAGUGAAAAUUCUUGAUUCAACAGCAUCAGUUAUAUUCAGUGAAGGACCAUUAGUUUAUAAUUACAAAUUCUUUGGAGCUUUAAUCAAAUUCGGCUCAAGAACAGAUCGUGGUUCAGACCAUCAAAUCGAUGGUAUUGCUUUUCCAGCUGAGCUACAAAUGUACGCAUACAAUUUUAUUUUAUAUCCAAACUUUUCUACCGCGCUUUCUAAACCAAAUGGAUUAGCUGUAUUGUCAGUAUUUUUUAAAAUUGGUGACCAAUCUUCAGCUGACUUGGAAGCGUUACUAUCCACAGCAGAACAGGUUCAACUGAAAGGACAAUCUAAAAGGCUUCAUGGUUUGUUGUUGGAUGCUAUUGUACCAUCCACAAUGCAGUAUAUGACAUACCCAGGUUCAUUACCAUUCCCAGCCUGUUAUGAGACUGCAACAUGGAUUUUAUUGAAUCAAGCAAUUGUAAUUACAGAAACUCAACUGAAAUCACUUCGUCAACUUCGAAUAGCACCAUUUCGAGGAUCAGGCAGCAUGGCUGACAAUUAUCGUACCAUUCAAAAAUUGAAUAAUCGGUCAGUUCGAACAAAUAUUGAUUUUAUAAAAAGUCAACCCUACUGUUCAAUGGAAGCUAGAAGGACAUAUUUUGCACCUUCAUUGCCAUAGUUCAACAUUCCAAACAUUUUCUCAACUUAUUUUUAUUCUUGCUUACAUAAAGAAGUGAUUUUCAUCUGACAAUUUUUACGAAUGAACCAGUAAUAACAUAACUUUGUAUACAUACAAUCGAGGAACAACUUGUAUAACUAUGAUUUUCUAAUCUACCUCAACAUCAGGGACUUGAAAAUAUAUAAGUAUUUUAGUGUGAUGAAAUAUGUACCAUAUGCAUAUUACGUUUUUUCCCCUGUCAAAUUCCAUCUCCCAUGAACGAUUUCAUUGUAAAUAUGUCCUUUUGCAGAUUUCCGUGUGUACAUUAUUUAAGCAUGUUUUUAUCUGAAACUUCAUGUAAA